AUGGUCAACGCAUGGAUUGAAAGCUUCCCCCAAACCGCUGCCCAGGUCCUGGACGAGAUGGACAGCACCCUUGGAUUUAAAUUAUCCAGCAUCAUAUCCGAUGGGCCCAACUCUAAACUCAAUAAGACGGAAAACUCACAACCUGCGGUCAUGGCGACGUCGGUCCUAAUACUUCGUGUAUUGGAGAAGGAGUUUGGCUUCGACGUCAAAUCUCGCAUCGAUGUCACACUUGGACAUAGCCUAGGAGAGUUCUCUGCAUUGGUCGCCGGUGGCUAUCUUGAAUUUGGCGACGCUCUCCGGUUGGUUCGACGUCGGGCGGAAAUAAUGGCCCAAUGCACGCGCAAUUUGGUCGAACAAUCCGGUGAAACAUACGGCAUGGUUGCGCUCCUUUGCGAACCUGAACACCUGGACAGUUUACUUCGAACCGUCCAGGAAUUCCUUGGCCUUGAGCCACCAGGCAUCGAAGGCGACACACAUAACCCGGUCCCACCGAUUCAACAAGUGGUUGUCGCAAAUAUCAACUCCAAGAACCAAAUCGUGCUUAGUGGUAGCCUGGACCGAAUCAAAACCCUUUUGAUUCAGUUGCGUCAAUUCGGUGGUCAUGAUCCGAGGGCCGUCAGAUUGAAAAGUGACAGUCCAUUUCACAGUCCUGCCAUGGCGCGAGCCGCCGAUUACAUGAGACAUGCCCUCGAACAGAUCGACAUCAAAUUCCCGGCAUCAGUACCAUGUAUUUCGAAUGUUUCUGCCCUGCCUUUCAAAUCCAAAGAGGACCUCACUGAUCUACUCUCGAGGCAAUGUACCGACACGGUGAGAUGGUGGGACAGCAUUCGCUAUCUUCACCAGGAACGAGGGGUAAGGCGAUGGAUCGGAAUUGGGCCAGGAAAGGUUGGGCGAAAUUUGGUUGGCAAGGAGGUUGGGAGGGUUGACACCAAAGGUGGCGGAGUUUGGGCUGUCUGUGAUCCUCGUGAGAUGUCAAGAAUCAUGAUCGCCUUGAAGGAGACUGAAUCAGAGAACUGA